GCGCAUGCGCGCGCUCCCGCUGUGCGCGGCUCCGGCGGCGGGACCCCCGGCCUCCGUGCCGCUGCGGCGCGGGCACUCGCGAGCUGUCUCCAUGGCAGCAGAGGCCACGUGGUGAGGGGGCCGCCCACCGGCUCCUCUCUCAGGUGGCUGCACCGCAGGCUCGUUGGCACCGCGAGAUACCGCCCCCGACGGGGCGCGCUCCGAGUGCUGGGCACUGUCCCAGCGCCUAGCCUUUCGGGCCUCCGCAGCCCAGCGAGCGCCCUGCAAGGACUGCCAGGUGAUAAUGAAGGUUCUCUUACUGAAAGACGCUAAGGAGGACGACUGUGGCCAAGAUCCAUACAUCAGGGAACUAGGAUUAUAUGGACUUCAAGCCACUCUGAUCCCUGUUUUAUCAUUUGAGUUUUUGUCUCUUCCCAGUUUUUCUGAGAAGCUGUGUCAUCCUGAAGGCUAUGGGGGACUCAUCUUUACCAGCCCCAGAGCAGUGGAAGCAGUGGACCUGUGUCUGGAGAAAGACAAUAAAACGGAAGUCUGGAAACAUUCUCUGAGGGAAAAAUGGAAUGCUAAGUCAGUGUAUGUGGUCGGAAAUGCUACUGCUUCUCUAGUGAAUAAAAUUGGCCUGGAUACAGAAGGAGCACACUGCGGAAAUGCAGAAAAGCUUGCAGAAUAUAUUUGUUCCCGUCCAGAGUCAUCAGGCUGGUGUUCCUUGCUCUGCGUACGUAUACAAGGCAGGAAGGACCCGUGUCACUUCUGAGAUAUCACCCUGGUGUUUCAGUUAACUGACUCGAGGCGUAGAGGGGAGAUGGGAACGUACUCUGCCUUAUCUCGGCGAGACGGGGCAGCAUUCUUUGCAAAGCCUUUGUUACUUCUCAUUUGUUACCAGCACGCCUGUGUGUCCUAAUAAAUCUUUAAUUCGCAAUUAGAAUAUCCAAAUAGGAAUCCUUCUUGACUGCUAAUAAGGACUUUCACCUUGGUUUUACCAAGGCAUUAAUGAUUUUCUGCCCCAGCAAGCUCUGAAACUGGAUUUUAAAAGCUCAGAAUCUACUUCCAGUGUUUGGAGUCAACAGGCCAAUUCAUAGUUAUUGCUUAUUUCUUUUACUUAACACUUUUUACUACGUGACAGAUAUCAUCGAGGGCACUUAAAACUAUUAACUCAUUUAAUCUGAUAGCCCAUUGUUCUGAUAGAAAAUUCUCCCCUUCCAGGAGAUCUGCUCUAAUGGAAAAGAAAGCAGCAAAUAAAUGGUAAAAGGGGGCAUUACAGCAUUCUGCAAGAGAGGGGUCCACCUGAGUCAGACAGAGGGGGGUGCAGUUAUUUGAAAUGUCCCUGGAUUGGGGGCUGCCGAUGGCCACUCCUGCAGCCUCUUGGACUAGCUCGGCCCUUCCUUCCCUCGCAUCCCUGUUGUCCGGAUUCUCCACCACGAGAAUCUCUCUCUGCACGGCCGCAUCUCCCAGCUUCGCCUGGGAGGCCGAAAUCAGUGCAGACCUGGCAGUUGUCGGAGCUUUCCAGCCACACACGUGUCCUCCAGUGAAAAGGCAUUUUUUAAAAAAUCAGCCUUGUUACCUUAAUUACUACAGUGACUACUUAUGGAGUCCCCAGCCCCUCAGCACAACCCUCUCCUGGGAUUUUCAGCACCCUUGCUGGCCUCAGCCCCCACAGCCCAGCAGUCCAGGCGUCCUUCCUGUUAAAGAAACGGGCAACCUCUGAGCCCCGUGAGUCCCCAUUCUGUGUCUUCUCUGUCGGGUGAGACCCCUGCAGGCCCCUGUCUCCCUGUUGUUCCAGGAACCUCUCACACCUCUGCAGAAUCAGCCAGCUUUAGCAUUGACCUACUUAGCAGUGGCCUAUUUGGGUUAAAAAUCCGCAGGCAGUAAACUUAUCCCCCCAAAAGAAUGGGUUCUUUGCCUCUGACUUCUUGAAGGGGGUGGGUCCCAGGAAGGAUAGUUGUGGUACAUCUCCGCCCAGCAGAAGAGGAUUCUAACCAGGACAUUUUCAGGUUUUCCUCCCUUUCCUGAGAGUGCCACGGGUUUCCAUGACGUCAGCUGGGCUGACUGGGCCUGCAUGCAGGGCCUGGCUCUCCAGGCACUGGUGAUGCCGUCAGAAAAGACAGGCAUCUGUCCUGGACCAGGACACACACACUAAGCUCCCAUCUCCCGAGUUAGCGGCCAGCAAUCCGAGAAUAAGCAUGAGCAGCUCAAUACUAGGCUAAACCUUCCGAAGAGAUGCUUUGAAGGGCAGAUUCCGGAAUCUUCCGAAGGCCCCUUGCACACCUCUAGGGCUGGGCUUGUUGGAAAGGCAGGCCCUUGGCUUGCCUCCUGCAUUCCUGAAGCUGCCCCAGAGCAGAUGGCUGGGAGGGUCUGUGGGAGCAGCUUUGGUCUCUAGAAUCCUGCACACCCCAGCACCUAACACACAUGGACAGACACACAGACCUGGAGGGACGCCUGGGCUCUGGUUAAGAAAGUUGCACCUGAACAUGGCUUUGAAAAUAUGUUUCCAAGGAUGGCAUCUACAGUGCAUGAAACCUUUGCUCCCACUGGAAAAGAGAAAUCAGUGGGCAUCUAUUGUCUACAUUUGAAUUUUUCCCAAUUCCUUGUGUUCUUUUACGUCCGUGCUGAUAGUUACAGAGCAGCUUAAAUCAAGAACACAUUCACCAGGACGUAGUUCUCGAAUAACCUGGAAAAAGAAAGUUAUUCCUGUGGUUGGUCUGGGCCUUCCGGGAGAUGGUGCUAGACGGGAAGUGCUUGCUUUGUUCUUCCUCCGACUGCAAUCCCCAAAGAGGUGUUCGGGGAGAUCUGACGGGUACAGAAAAAUGCGUUUGUGUGUGACCAACAGCCAUUAAGACUUCUUCCAACUGAUGGAUGGACAUGGGGGGGGGUUCUAUCAGAAUGUUCACAUUUGGGGAGGAUUCGCCCAUCGGUUUUGUUAGAUGGUAGUGUCUCAGGUUGGUGUUCAGACUACAUGCCAUCUUCGUUCUGCAGAGAGCUUGGAGCCGAACGCACCCCAAGGUCUUCCUAGAGUGGGGACGGGGAGCAGGGUGGGAGGCAGGCCAUUCUCAGCAGGCCCCUACACGGCCACUCAUCCGCCCCGUGGGCACUUGGCCAGGUGGCCGCCGUCCUGAGGGGACAGAAGGCACGCAGCUCGUCUGUUUUGGGGGCGGCCGCAGGGCCACUUGUGGCUGCCAUUUCCCUGCCGCCUCCUGAGUGUGGGCCCUGGCUCCGGCCACCACCUGUGGCCUCCAGGGCUCCUCCCGAGGCGCAGCGUGGCUGCAGCAGUGCCUUGUGACUCCAGCCAAGUGCAGAGCCGCCUGCUAGCUCGUGCCCGCAGCCCAGGUGCCGCGUCAGGACCAGAGGGGCUGAAGGGGCCUGGGGGACAGUGGCCCCGGCUUGCGGGGAUGCCCGUUUUCUGAGCGCCGUGGCCGAAUCCCCUGUGAUCUUCCUACAGCAGGGUCAGCUUCUUCCCUCCCACGCACAGCUGCUGG